GGAACUGUACUUGGAUCCCUCUGUCGUAAUCUACACUAACGUUGGCACAUAAUCAUGACCCGAGAAACCCCACGUCUCAAGCGGGAUAGAUCCCUGUGGUAUGAAGAUGGGAACAUGGUCAUAGCAGCUGCCCCUUCGGACACCAAGAAAGGCCUCCUGUUCCGCGUGCACAAGUUCAUCCUCGCCAUGCACUCCCCCGUCUUCGCCGACAUGUUCACGUUGCCCGACAUUCCGGCCGAAACGGCAGAUCCUGAGGACUUUUACGAUGGUGUCCCACUUGUGCGGAUGUAUGAUAAGGCGCAGGACGUGAAAGAUCUGUUGAAGUAUUACUAUGAGCCUUCUUCGUUUGUCGUCAAGCGCUACGAUCCCCAGAACCCUAACAAGAUACGAGGUCUCAUGCAUCUUGCGAGGAAGUACCAGAUCACACCCCUGUUGGAUCGACUAAUCAAGCAUCUGAAGGAGGACUGGCCUCAAACACUCACGGAGUGGGAUGUAAUCGAGGGCGAAGUUAAAGCUCGUCUCGAAUCCCAGGUGGACUACGGCUACGAUGACCAUGUCUACGUCGACGAAGUCUUCCCUGAACCAGGAACUACCAUUCGUCUCGCGCGCGAAAUGGAUAUUCCGGUAGUUUUGCCCGCUGUGUUCUACCACCUUUCGCGACUCAAAAUAACCAGAGAACGGACCUCCGAGAUAACAGAUUUUAAGAUUAUUGGUGGCCGCACAGCUGACUGGUCAGCUCUUUCCGAGGAGGAUCUUAGAUGCUUGCUCUACGGCCGGGAGAACCUCCAGGAAUACAAAUCCAUUGCGUGCCGGCCACUCAUUUUUAGCUGUUCCCACAAGGAAUGUGACGCUCUCAAAACCCUCUGCAGCGCAAUUCAAGUACUGUACGACUCAAAGGACAUAUUAACUGGCUUGAAGGACUUUGUUCCGAAAGACCAGUACACGCAAAAGGAAUUGUGCGUGUCAUGUUGGUUGAAGGUGAACAACCUCGCACAGAAUGCGCGUAUGGAUAUAUGGAAGAAGCUUCCGAAGUUCUUCAGACUUCCUCGUCCUUCAGACGACUGGGAUUCUGAUAGUGAUAUGAGCGCGUAGCUUACUUAUGCCCAUGUAAGCUUAUCUCACGUCAUUCUGCUUACUACGUACAGUAUCGAUUGCACCUAGUCUACUAUAUCUACCCGAUAUUUGAGACGGAAAUGCAGGCAAC